AUUCACAACUGGUGGGCGUGUAUGAGUAAUAAAGAUAAAAAAAAUAUUAAACUUCUUCAGCCUUCAGCGAGUUCAGCGAUCGGAAGGAUUUUGACCUUGCGAAACAGAUUUAUUCAUUGAAUAACGGUGCCGAGGAUAAAUUUUUCCACUUGAUGGUUCUCGGCGUUCUUGGUGGUGCCGGUAGACAGAUUAUCUCGAACGUGGUCAAAAGGUCGAUUUCUGUUCUCGCCAGGAACAUGGAGCAGCACGGCAUUGUGCCCGACGUUAUCGACGUCGCCCCGUCUGAGGUGGCCAAGGUCAGCUACAACAGCGGCGUUUCAGUGGAUCAGGGCAACGAACUGACGCCCACGCAGGUCAAGGACAUUCCCACGGUGGCCUGGAACGCUGAGAGCGGAGCGCUCUACACGCUCUGCAUGACCGACCCUGACGCACCCAGCCGAGCUGAGCCUAAGUUCCGCGAGUGGCACCACUGGCUGGUCGGAAACAUCCCUGAGAACAAGAUUGCCGAGGGGGAAACCCUGUCCGAGUAUGUAGGCUCUGGACCUCCCCAGGGAACAGGUCUGCACCGCUACGUCUUUCUGGUCUACAAGCAGUCUGGUCAGUUGACUUUCGACGAGCCAAGGCUAACCAACCGCUCAGGCGACAACAGGGGCAAGUUCUCCAUCCGCAAAUUCGCCGCUAAGUACAAUCUUGGCAACCCGGUGGCUGGCAACUUCUACCAGGCCCAGUGGGAUGACUAUGUGCCCAAGCUCUACGAACAGCUUGGAGGUUAAAAAAGAAAGACUCCAAACUAAUAGAAAAUUAUAUUAAUUGCUGGCCAAGCCAGAAGACACACCCAAAUACAUUGCAUUGUUUCCGAUCAUUAAGAGAAUUUGGCGCUGUGUUUGUGAAAUAAAAUUUAUAUUUGAAACCAAUAA